CUCGGACAGAGGCGAGCUGCAUCCUUAUAAUUUACCCCAGUAAAAAACACAAUGGCACCAUUGCAAAACACAAAAUUUCACAAAGCUUCAAAAACCCAUAUCUAGGGUUUUACCAAAACCAGAGCACCGAAAACAAUGAAACUCGCUGGUCUCAAAUCGGUCGAGAACGCUCACGACGACUCGGUCUGGGCAGCGACUUGGGUUCCGGCGACCGACGACCGGCCGGCGCUCCUCCUGACGGGGUCGCUCGACGAGACGGUGCGGCUGUGGAGGCCCGACGACCUCACCUCCGUCGCCACCAGCACUGGCCACUCCCUCGGCGUCGUCUCGGUGGCAGCGCAUCCCUCCGGCGUCAUCGCCGCCUCCGCCUCCCUCGACAGCUUCGUGCGGGUCUUCGAUGUUGAUCACAACAACACCAUCGCCACUCUCGAAGCUCCUCCCUCUGAAGUCUGGCAAAUGCAAUUCGAUCCCAAGGCUCGAAUUACAAAAGAUUACAACUCUGAAGCUAUAUGCGAGAGUACCCAGCCCCAAAAUCGAUCGAAAUGCCCUAAUCUCCAUUCAUAUUUGCUUGAAAGUUUGCUAUGUGUCUCUCUUUCUCUGCCCUUCGGCUCGUCUGGGACCAAGUGAGUUCUUCUUCUCUUCUUUGACUUUGCUCUCUAUUUUUAUUUAUUUAUUUAUUUAUUUUUUGUUCCUUCAACUUGGAGUCUCGACUUUAUCUCUUCUUCUUCUUCUUCUUUCCUCUCUGUUUUUUUUCCCUGCUUCUUCGACUCUCUCUCUCUCUCUCUCUCUCUCUCUCUUUCCUGCUGGGCAGAGUUCUUCUUCUUCUUCUUUGUUGUUUGCUGCUGGGCUAAGUUUUUUUUUCUCUUUUUUUUUUUCCCCCUGCUUUUUUGUUUUCUUUUUUGCUUCAUACAUGGAAUAAUGCAAAAAUGAGAAUAGCAGCAGUUUGUAUAAGCAAGCACAAGUCUU